GCGGCGUUGGGGGCUUUGGUUGAGCCCGAGACAGCUGGAAAGGAUAAACAGAGGAGGGGGCCGCCGAGGUCUCAGGUCCCAGCCGGGCCGGGCGGUGCUGCGCAGCCUGGCGAGCGGCUCAGGCGGCCUUCCAGCCACUCUCUCACCUCCUGGAGGGGCCCCUGCCCUGGCACAGGGGUCAGGCCGCCCCCUGCAUGGAAGUUCGGGGGCUUCGUCCACUGGCUGCUGCGGCUGCUGAGCCUGCCUUGAGGAGGCCUGACAGGUAAUUUCAAUGCCUUCUCAAUGGACACGAACGCUGCUGGAAUGCUUGGAUUCACAGCAACACCAUCACUAACUUGCUUUCGUAGGCCCUAUUGUGAAAAGAUGGCAAAAGCAAAUAUUAUUAGAGACCUCAUUAGCAGGCAGCUCAAGGAAAAGGGUGCCCUCAGUUUUGAGCGACACUAUCAUGUUACUGACCCAUUCAUUCAGCGUCUGGGCUUGGAAGCAGAGUUGCAAGGUCAUGCUGGCUGUGUCAACUGCCUUGAAUGGAAUGAAAAGGGAAACCUGCUGGCCUCUGGCUCUGAUGACCAGCACACCAUUGUGUGGGAUCCUCUGCACCAUAAGAAACUCCUUUCCAUGCACACGGGGCAUACGGCAAACAUAUUCUCUGUCAAGUUCUUGCCACAUGCAGAGGACCGGAUACUUAUUACCGGGGCCGCGGAUUCCAAAGUGCACGUCCACGACUUGACUGUCAAAGAAACGAUCCAUAUGUUUGGGGAUCACAAAAACAGAGUCAAGCGUAUUGCCACAGCUCCGAUGUGGCCCAACACCUUCUGGAGCGCAGCAGAAGAUGGGCUAAUCAGACAGUAUGACUUACGAGAGAAUAGCAAACACUCAGAAGUUCUGAUAGACCUGACUGAAUACUGUGGGCAGCUUGUGGAGGCAAAGUGUCUCACAGUCAAUCCCCAGGAUAAUAACUAUCUCGCUGUGGGAGCCAGUGGGCCCUUUGUCCGGAUUUACGACAUUCGCAUGAUCCACAACCACAGGAAAACCAUGAAACAGAACCCUGCAGCUGGCGUCCAUACAUUCUGUGAUCGACAGAAACCCCUCCCAGAUGGCGCUGCUCAAUACUAUGUAGCAGGGCAUCUUCCAGUGAAAUUACCUGACUACAAUAACCGGCUGAGAGUUUUGGUAGCUACUUAUGUCACUUUCAGCCCAGAUGGUACAGAGCUCUUGGUCAACAUGGGAGGAGAGCAGGUUUACUUAUUCGACCUGACGUAUAAGCAGCGGCCAUACACUUUUCUCCUGCCAAAAAAAUGCCAUACUUCAGGGGAGGUGCAGAAUGGGAAAACGUCGGCCAAUGGCGUGUCAAAUGGCAUCCAUCUCCACAGCAAUGGGUUCCGGCUGUCUGAGGGGCGAGCCCAUGUCAGCCCACAGGUAGAGCUACCUCCCUAUCUCGAGAAGAUUAAGCUGCAGGCCAAUGAGGCUUUUGCUUGCCAGCAGUGGACUCAAGCCAUCCAGCUCUACAGCAGAGCUGUCCAGAAAGCCCCCAACAAUGCCAUGCUCUAUGGGAACCGAGCAGCGGCUUACAUGAAGCGCAAGUGGGAUGGAGAUCACUAUGAUGCGCUCCGAGACUGCCUAAGGGCCAUCUCCCUGAAUCCUUGCCACUUGAAGGCUCACUUCCGCCUGGCCCGCUGCCUCUUUGAGCUGAAGUAUGUAGCAGAAGCCCUGGAGUGUCUGGAUGAUUUCAAAGGAAAAUUUCCCGAGCAAGCCCACAGCAGCGCUUGCGAUGCCUUGGACCGGGACAUCAAUGCUGCCCUUUUCUCCAAAAGUGAUAAUGGGGAAGACAAGAAAGGGAGUGGCCCCAUCUGGCUGCGAGCAACUGGCCGCAAGGAUUCCAUAUCAGAGGACGAAAUGGUGCUGAGGGAGCGUAGCUAUGACUACAAGUUCAGAUACUGCGGCCACUGCAACACCACCACGGAUAUCAAAGAGGCCAACUUCUUCGGCAGCAAUGCUCAGUACAUCAUCAGUGGCUCCGACGAUGGUUCCUUCUUUAUCUGGGAGAAAGAAACAACUAACUUGGUGCGAGUGCUGCAGGGAGAUGAGUCGAUUGUGAACUGCCUCCAGCCCCACCCGAGCUACUGCUUCCUGGCCACCAGCGGCAUCGAUCCAGUGGUACGGCUUUGGAAUCCCAGGCCAGAAAGCGAAGCACUAAACGGGCGAGUGGUCGAAGAUAUGGAAGGCGCUUCCCAAGCCAACCAGAGGCGGAUGAAUGCGGAUCCCUUGGAGGUGAUGUUGAUGAACAUGGGCUACCGGAUCACAGGAAUGACUGGUGGUGGGUCUGGAGGCUCGGAUGACGAAGACAGCUCUGAGAAUCAGGUCCACUGCCGGACCAGCUAAAGCUGAAUGGCCUCUCCUUCCUUAUUUUUUGGGGAUUUUUUUUUGUUUUGUUUUUGUUUUGUUUGAAGGGAAAUCUAGUUUGCUCCAUUUGAACUUGGAAGGACUGCACUGUUUCACACUAUGCACAGAAUGGGAUAUGCCAGCGAGGGCAGAAGUGACUGGGUUUUUGACUGCUGCUACGAUUUCUUCCUUUCCCUGUUCUACUAUUAAGCAGCAUGGUAAUGUGGCCUGUUGAGUUUUGCCCUCCCAGCAGAAACUGGGAUUCCUUUUCCACAUUGUCUGUGAGCAGUGUACAACUGGUAACCUGUCCCUUCAUCCAGUGUGGCUGGAUGGUGGGAAGCAUUGCCUACAUGAGUGUGUUUUGCAGAGAGGUUGUGUGAAAGCUCAAUAAAAUGUAAACUAGGGCAGGGAUUAUGGAAUAAUGUUCAAUGCUGCGAUCUCUGUCUCCGAAACUCAGCUUGCCCGCCAUGCCACGAGUUUGUAAUUCAACCCCCACACUACAGCUGGUGAACAUGUACACGCAUCGAAAACACGACCACGCGAAGGUCGCUUAAUACAUGGGCUCCCUCAGUGAACAUGGUUAGGAAAGUACAGAAAGUUGGCAUUGGGCAGAGAGCCUCACUCUGGUUGGUACCUCAUACUUCCCAUCUGUCUGCAUAUAGAAGAAACCAAGAGAAGACUUGUGGGAAGCUACAACACGAAGCUUGGCAUCUUAUAUAAUGUGAGCAAGUAAAAUUAUCUGAUGUGGUUGCUUUUGGAAAACAUAUUUUCCCUUUCUCCUAAUUAACUAAGUUCCCAUCUCUCGGUGGGUAAGGAGUGGAGCGUUUUCUGGAAGAAGAAAAAUGUCCUUGCCAGUGAAGACCAACCUUCAACAAAGCUAUACAGUACCAAUAGGAUAAUGAACUGGUCAAAAAUUUGGGAUAAAGCUGCCUCUUUCCUUAUUGCUGCUGUGACCUCUACUGCACAAUUCUUUUUAUUCUUUUCUUUGUCAUUAAAUCUUAAAAGAAUCUAUAGGAGCUUCCUUUCUCAUCUAUUUCCUGAUUCUUUUCAUGUUGUAGCCUUCUUUCCUUUGAGUGAAUGUGGGAAAGAUGUAUGGCAAAGGCGCACAUCUUAACCAAAUCUUUUGGGAGGAACUGUAUGUCGGGUGGGACUUUCAUCUUUAGGAAAAUUAGCCCUUAACACGUUAUGUCAUUAAGGGUUUUUCUAGAACAGAGAAUGACAUCAGUACUGCUGCUUACACAACUUGGGAUGCAUUGGUGAUGGGGCAAGUGAGAUCAUUCCUGCUUUCGGUGGCUUAAUUCAGUUGGAACUGAAAGCAAACCAAGGUAGUAUUGUGUUUACAUCUACUGAUUCGUAAUGGAGUUAAGAAAUCACAGCAGAUUUUCUCCCCAAAUAUCUUGGUUAACAAUCAUAGUUAGCAUGAUGAUGUGUAUGCUAGAAAUCUGAAAGUGUGACUGAAGUCGCCAUCCCCGUCAGUAAUGUCCAUAACGAACUAUGAUUGUGCAAAUGAUUAGUACAUCAGGAUGCCUGGUGUAGGUAUGUAAGUGACAUCAUUUGUAUACCUGUCUGUAGUUCCACAAAACAUUUUCCCUUGGUCUCUUUCUGCUUGCUUAUUCUGGCCAAAGAAUACCCUGCAGUAUACAUUUAGCAGUGGUCUUUCUAACCCAAGAAAAUCAGUAUAGACCAGGGUUGUUUUUUUUAAAUUUGGCAACUUUAAGAUGUAUGCAUUUAAAUUUCUAGAAUUCCCUAGCAAUUCUGAGAGUUGAAGUCCAUGCAUCAUAAAAGUUGGCAAGUUUGAACAACACUGCCCUAGAUUAUCUCUUCCCAUUAUAGUGUUUUCGGCAUCCUUUCAAUUCCCAUUUGGUUACUCUCAAUUCUUUUGUUAAUCUGGAAGGGGAGGAAUCCAUUCACACCUUAGGAAACCUGAGGUUUUUUUCCUCUUCCCAAAUACCUGCUAGUGCCAACCACAGUCAUACUGGCUCAUUCAAUCACCUUGCAUUGGUAAAGCAUUUUCUCCAGCCUACAAGGUGUAGGGAUAAGAAAGCUGUGAUUUCCAGCCGUUGAUGUAAUUCCCAUGAUCCCCCAUAAUGGCUGUGCUAGUUUAAUCUCUGCUGCGAAUUGGAAUUCAGCAAUAAUUAGAGGGCUACCAAUAGCUUCUCCCCACCCCUUGUAGAGAAUAAGACACUAGGUUGGAUUGAUCUUUUCCUGACCUAGAAAAAUGCUGGGGGUGGAAAGUUAUAAAACCAAUUGCCAUUGUUCAUGGAACAAAACUACUGUGCUCCUUUCCUGCUCAGUGGUUUUUAGAUGUAUGAAAUAUUCAAAGCAGCAAGAAGAAUGAAUUUUAUGUGUAACUGGGUUCUUCAGAACUAAUUUAUUUUUCUAUAUUUUGAAGACAAGUGUUUUACGUACAGGUUGUAGAGAGAAGUACUGGGGUGCACAAGCCCCCACUUAACACCUGCCUUAUUUGAACAAGUCUUGAUAGCCUGAAAUUUCUCUAUCCAAUGCUUCCCUUUGAUUUGGGUUACACCCGUGUUAAAAAAAUGUGUACAUCUGCCUUCGUGGCCCUGCUGUAGCCAUAUUCAUAAAAGUGAUACCCUGGUAAAAGUGUUAGUUCACAGAACAGCCACCAGAACAAAGGAAGUCACAAAUGGUUAAGAAGACAUUUACAGCAAUAGAGUGGCAUAUUGCAAAACACUGACCUCUUCAUUGUGUUUCCACAAUGCCUGUAGGCUCCCUACAGUUUUCACUACAGUACUUUUUUAGGUUCCUGCGACAUUGCUGCGAAUAAAAAGGAUGCUGAAGUCUGGUAUUUUGCUUUGCAGCCUGCUUGCUUCCUUUUUAUUAUUUUGAAUUAAAAGAAACUUUAAUUAGAUGGAAGGUUACAUCACACAUUGUCUACUUUGUUCUAGUGAAAAGAAUCAACGUUUGCUUCACUGUGUAGCUUUUGAUAUUAAAGCACCAAGUUCUGUUUGUUUUAACUGGUGGCUCCUUGGCAGAAAGAGUGGACUAAAAACAGUUCCAUAUAUUAGAAUGCUUCAUUCCCCAUAUUCCAGAAUGCUUUUCAUUCAUUCUAUUUCUGAAAAAAAGGAUCAUUAUAUAGAACUGAGGGUAGAAAAUUCUCAAAGAGGAACGGUUAUGGUUAGAUUUGGGCAUGUGUCCCAUUACUGAGUAUGGGAGAGAACUACUUUUACCUUUUGGCUAAUUACUACUUUUUUAAAAAGCCAAAACAAAGCUAUUUUUAUAAUUAGUAGUGAAAUCGCUCCAGUAUAUAAUAGUUAUAAAGAAAAGUCUUAAUUUGGGUUGCUGGUGAAAUGGUUGCUUUAUAUAACUUUUCAGGCAUUCCAAGUAAGAUUUUAUUCCUGAAACACUGUUCGCAACCAGCCUUAGUCUUCUGUUUAGAUGUUGUUAUUCAGAGUGGCAUGUUUCUGUUUUCUGGUUUCUGGAAGAGAAAGGAUUAAGCAAUUAAACAUUACUUUGUUCUA